CCUCUCGUCCUGCCUUGUGUCUGUGAGCUCCCAUUUGUGCCUGCCCAGCCUGUGCCUCUCUCUCUUACUCACAGUCUGUCACUGAGUCUCACACUCUACAGCAACAAUGAAAACCUCCAAGCAAACUACAUACUCUAUGCGCUCCUCCACUAGUAGCAGGUCUCCUGCUAUCUCAGUCACCCGUACCUCUGCUCCUGUCUACAGGGCCCCCACUAUCCAUGGUGGGGCCGGUGGGUCCCGCAUCAGCGUCUCCUCCAGCGUGCGCAGUGGGUUGGGAGCUGGGAUAGGAAUGGGCUCUGGAGCUGGGGCCUUCUCCAGCAGCAUCCAGGUGAGCUCCAGCGGGAACAGCGGCGACAUCAUGGGCAACGAGAAGUUCGCCAUGCAGAACCUGAAUGACCGCCUGGCCAACUACCUGGAGACAGUGAGGAACCUGGAGCAGGCCAACCACAAGCUGGAGAUUAAGAUCAAGGAGGCCCUGGAGAAGAGUGGACCUGACUUCAGAGACUACAGCAAGUACCAGGCCAUCCUGGAUGACCUGAGGAAGAAGGUGUUUGAUGCCACCAUCGACAAUGCCCGCCUGGUUCUCAACAUCGACAACGCUCGCCUGGCGGCCGAUGACUUCAGAGUGAAAUACGAGUCUGAGCUGGCCAUCCGCCAGUCUGUGGAGGCCGAUAUUGUCGGUCUGAGGAAGCUCAUCGAUGACACCAACAUGAGCCGCAUGAAUCUGGAGAGCGAGAUCGAAGCCCUGAAGGAGGAGCUCAUCCACCUCAAGAAGAACCAUGAAAAUGAAGUAAUGGAGCUUCGUAACCAGAUUGCACAGUCAGGAGUCCACGUGGAUGUCGACGCUCCUAAGGGCCAGGACCUGUCUCAGAUCAUGACAGAAAUUAGGGCCAAGUAUGAGAAGAUGGCACUGAAGAACCAGGAAGAACUGAAAGCAUGGCACGAAUCUCAGAUUACACAAGUGCAGACCCAGGUUGCCCAGAACACAGAGGCCCUGAAGGGUGCCCAAACAGAGGUGAAUGACCUGCGCAGACAGAUACAAACCCUGGAGAUCGAGCUGGAGUCACAGAAGAGCCUGAAAGCCUCUCUGGAGGGCACACUGAGGGACACAGAGAUGCGUUACAACAUGGAGAUGGAGUCUCUCAACAGCAUCGUCCUGGGUCUGGAGGCAGAGCUCACACAGCUGCGUAACAAAAUCCAGCUGCAGACACAGGAAUACGAGGUCCUGCUCAACAUGAAGAUGAAGCUGGAGGCUGAGAUUGCAACAUACAGACGGCUGCUGGACGGUGGAGACUUCAAGCUCCAGGACGCUCUGGAAGACCAGAAAACAGUGAAGACCAAAGUGAUGACUGUCACACAGACCGUGGUGGAUGGCAAGGUGGUUUCCUCCAGCACAGAGACCAAGAACCUUUGAAAACCAGAAGCAAUCACCUGGCAUCUCCAACAAUCACUAUCACUACAUCAUAUCACUGACAUACAAUUGGCCAAAAUUUUAUUUCUAAAAGGUUCUACUGACUUCUUAGUCAUAGAGCACUAACCCGCUAGUUUGACUUCCUGGGUACACAGCUCUUCCACAGGCUGAUAAAAAUAAAUAAAUAAAUAAAUAAAUAAAAUACUGGAUCAGAGGAAAACUAAAUCAUCUUUUAUUUAUUUCAUCACAAUGUUAUUUAUGUGUUUGUGUAGUGACCAGCAGACAUUCAGAAUUCAGAAUUUGAAAACUGAGUUUUUUUCAGAGACAAACUGAUUUAAGACAUUGAAUAUUUCAAAGUUUGAACAAAAAAACAAGUCCAAUUAGAUACAAAUUUUGUUUUCCUAUGUUUCAUCAUCAUUGGUUUUCUUCCUGUCCAGUGAAGUCUGCUUGCUGUGCUGUGAUGUUCAGAGGUUUCAAUAAAGUCCAUUCAAGAAA